AUCAAUUUGAAGAGCUCAUGAACGAGUAAUCAUCAAACCGUUCAUCAAUCUCCACGUCUCCAUUCCUAGACCUUGUUCCAAGAAUUUUACGCUGUGUAAUUCUUGGAUCGAUACCAUUUGCACGCAAUUCAGAUCAGCAGACAUGGAGAUAUUCAGGAAGGCUAUGACGGUGCGUUUGCGUAGCCACCAUGACAAAUACCUUUUGGCAGAGGAAGACGAAGAGUCGGUAAGCCAAGACCGGAACGGGAGGUCGAUGAAUGCAAGAUGGACGGUGGAGAUCGUAGAGGAGGAGAACGUUAUACGCCUCAAGAGCUGCUUUGGCAAGUACCUUACAGCGUCGAACAUGCCAAUGCUCCUUGGAAUGACGGGCAAGAAGGUCCUUCAGACGUUACCGCGGAGGCUGGACUCUUCCGUCGAGUGGGAACCCAUCCGGGAAGGCGUCCAAGUGCGGCUCAAGACAAGGUACGGGCAGUACCUUCGAGCCAACGGAGGUUUGCCGCCAUGGAGGAACUCUGUCACACAUGAUAUUCCACACAGGACGACCACACAAGACUGGGUUCUCUGGGAUGUUGACAUUUUGGAGAUCAGAACGAAAAGAGCUCCAGAGCCACCUCAGGUUGCAGCUGUUCGGCCUCAGCCACCUCCACCACCACCACCCGAGGUUCUUAGGGCCGAAGAGCAUGACCAUGAUGAACCCGGUUCACCAAAAGGAUUCUCUCUCAAAUCUCCAAGGUUUUCCGAAGCUGAGUCUGAUGACUGUUCACCGGCCAAGGCAGAAGGGAGGUUGAUAUAUUAUAGGGUUGGGAACGAAGACGAAGACAUAGAUGAAGGAACAAAGGAAGAGUUUUUCUACUUCAAAGGUAUGGGAGUGGAAAAGCUGAAACAGAAGCUAGAGGAAGAGACAGGGCUUAGUGGCAUCUCAGUCUGUUCUCGUAGCCCUUUGAACGGAAAACUAUAUCCCCUACGGUUACAUCUCCCUCCCAACAACACAACAAUGCAUGUUGUCUUGGUCCCUAAAUCUUCAAAAGGAGAUGCUGCGACCACAUCUUGAAGAAUGGUUUGCUCUUGAAGAACAUAAAUUUUCGGUUUGUCAUUGAGACAUGUAAUUGACAUGUUGUAAAUUGAACUUAAUCUUUUGACCAAAGUGCACUAAUUAAGUAUCUAAGUUGGUGUAAAUAUAAAACCAAUCACCAGACUGUUUGUAAAGA